GACUCCGAGAGUUGGUAACUGGUAAAAGAGUUGUCUGUACACUCUGUCAAACUUCUCUUGGAAACACACAGGAGUUGUUCAAGAUGUACGGAGCGGUUCUUUUUUCUCCUCCAUGUCACCUCAGGAGCUCUGUAAUGAUGCGCCCACAGAAAAGGAAAAGACAAUACUAACCUUGCCUCAUAACGAGGCCGUGACCCAUAUUUGCUCGGUGCUAUGUCUGCAAGUCCAGAGUUACAUGAUGCUGAUAAUGACGCCAUUGUGUGAAAUGUGAUGUAGAUAUGGAUUGGGAGCCAGCAACAUCUGCACUAGUGAGCAAGUGGCCACAUGGAGUGGAGCAGCAGGACAGUUCAUCAGGUGAGGAGCUUCCUUUUCCACAGAACAGCAGGAGACCAAGAGGUAGAGGACGAGGUAGAGGAAAAUGGAGAGGCGUGGAGCGGCAGGACAGUUCAUCAGGUGAGGAGCCUCAUCUCCCCAGAACAGCAGGAGACAAAGAGGUAGAGUACGAGGAAAAGGGAGAGGCUGCAGUCAAGCCAGAUCAACCAGCCCAUCUGAAGAGAGGUGGAAUGAUGUUGACGUUCCAGACAUCACACCACCAUAGCCCACCUUCAGAACCCAGAAAUGUCCCAGGACCCCAGCUCAUACGUAGUGCUACGUACACAGCCGUGCAGUUGUUUCAACUCUUUUUUACCAACUCUGUUUUGAAGACAAUACUUGAAAACACCAACAACUGUGGCUCAACACAUCAUUCAACACCCUCUAUCCCGUGGAUUGAUUUGAAAUUGCAGGACAUGUUUGCAUUCAUGUCUUUAGUUGUUUACAUGGGUGUAGUCAAAUGCUUUUCUUUCACUGAUUACUGGCGUGGGGGUCAUCUUUAUAGCUUGCUGUUCCCGAGACGGGUAAUAACUGGUAAAAAGUUCCUCAGGAUCUCCCAGUCCCUUCACCUCAGCAGCUCCGUGGGGGAUGCUGCUAAUGAUGAAAGGAGAGGCACAGGAGCCUACGACCAUCUGGGUAAGAUAAAGCCGCUCUACGAGGAGAUGAGGGACUCCUGUAGAAGAAACUAUCACCCUGGCCAGGAAAUCACCAUUGAUGAGUGAAUGGUUGCUUCAAAAGCCCGCACUGGUCUGAAACAAUAUAUGAAAAACUAUGUGAAAAAAUAUGGGUUAUAAACUCUUUGUUCUGGCAGACUCCAGGAACGGUUAUACAUGGGACUUUUUUGUUUAUGAGGGAAAAUGCCAGGGAAACAGUGGUAAGGGACUCAGUUAUGAGGCAGUGAUGGAGCUAAUUGAUGAACAGUUGCUGGGCAUAAGGUCUUUGUGGACAAUUUUUAUACAAGUCCAAUCCUGUUUCGUGACCUCCUUCUGAAGAGGAUUUGGGCAUGCGGAACCAUCCGCACAAACAGAAUCGGAUUCCCAAGGUCAAAGGUCAACAUUCUGGUCUCAAAAUCUCCCCGUGGCAGCAUAUGCUGGAUCAGGAAUAACUCCCUGCUCUUUGUUCAGUGGCGAGACACAAGGGAUGUUUUUCUGUGCUCAACUCUCCACAGGGCCCACGCAGAGGACACAGUGCAGAGGAGGGUCAAAGGUGCAGAUGGGCAGUGGCAGUUGAAGGACGUCUCAGUUCCACUAGUGGUGAAGGA